AUGUUAGAAGAAGAAGAUGAACGCUACUUUGAAGAUCUCGUAAAUCUACCCUAUGGACUACUUAAAACUUUGGGUUAUGAUUUCCCCGCUAAGUAUCGUCCUCUAUGGAUGAGAGGACUAAUGAUUAUCUAUUUCAUCCUCUGUCUAAUAUUCUGUUCAAUGUUCACGUAUUUUACAUUCGACCUCGCUAUUUCGGAAAUAGCUGAGGGAGCUCACGAUUUACCCUUGCUGUUGCGUUUAAUCGAUCAUAUUAUUUACAAUGUUGUUGGCAUUUUGAAAAGUUAUUUUUUUCUACGUAAUAUAAAAUCGAUGACGGAUAUAUAUAAACGAUUUCGCGAUAUUUACCCUACCACUCUCGAAGAUCGACGGGCAUAUCGGGUAAAUGACUACCAUUGGCCGAAGUGGAUAACAACAAUACUCUAUUGGCAAUUAGUUACCCUUUUGAUAAUUCUAUUUUUGCCCAUGGGAGAAGCCUUUAUCGAAUAUUUUGGAGCCCUAAUAAAAGUCGGUUAUGAAAAUGCGGAAUUUGGUUAUUAUCGCAUGUAUGCGGAGACCACCUAUGGUAUUAGUCAUUAUAAUCCUUUGGGCUAUAUCAUCGUCUAUAUAUUCGAUAUGAUGAAUUCUCAUUAUUCGACAGUUUGGAUGAUAGUUCCGGAUAUUUGGGUUGUUGGUUUCUGCCUGCAAUUGUGCCAGCAUUUCGAUUAUAUUUCAAGGACUUUGGAAAACUAUAAACCGCAGCAAGAAAACGAACAAAAAGAUCUGAGGGUUUUGGCAGGAUUGGUCAAGAAACAUCAGAUUGUAUUGGAGUAA